GCAAACCUUUUUCUCUAUCUUCCUCCCCAAAAGGCUCCGAUUCAACUCAUUAGAACCCGCUACCAAUGGAUCCAUCACCACCGCCUCUUCCUCCCCAUCCCAUCACCACUAUGCAGCUCAACUAUCCCGAAUCCGCAGACUCUUCUCCCAGGAAGGCGGAUACCUGGGAAGAGCCUCUCCCGCCGGUCCCAGGUGCCAGACUCCGUCUUAUGUGCAGCUUCGGCGGCCACAUUAUCCCCCGCCCACAUGACAAGACUCUCUGCUAUAUGGGCGGUGAGACCCGCAUGAUCGUGGUCGACCGCAGCUCUUCCUUGGCUGACCUUUCCUCUCGCAUCUCCCGGACUCUACUCAAUGGCCGCGGUUUUACCCUCAAGUACCAACUCCCCAAUGAGGACCUGGACAAUCUCAUUUCAGUCACGACCAAUGAAGAUCUUGAUAACAUGAUAGAAGAGUAUGAUAGAAUCACGUCAGCUUCCCCUUUGAAAUCCUCUCGCCUCCGGCUAUUUAUCUUCCUUGCGAAGCCUGAAACUGCCGCUUCUAUGGGGUCUCUACUUGAUGAUGCCAAGUCUGAGACUUGGUUUGUUGAUGCACUCAAUGGCGCUGGGCUGCUUCCCAGAGGACUUUCUGAUUCUGCGGCCAUUGAUUGCUUUCUUGAUAGAGAUGCUAGUGGCGAUUCUUGUACACAUGUGGAGGCGCAAACCGACUCUUUAUGCAACACCAAGCAUGGGAAGAGUGGGCAGGAGGUGCACUCGGUGCCUAGCUCACCUAUGGUAGAGACUGCUUCGUCCUUUGGCUCAUCUUCAUCUUCGCCCUCCAUGGCCAACCUGCCGCCUAUUCGGGUGCGGGCUGAGGACGGUGGGCUUAGACUGCAUGAUCACAAGGUUGGUUUGGAGGAGGAGUUUGCAUAUAUGAGUACUAAUCCUCAGACUGUGGUGCAGAAACAAGAUGAGGGGUUUGUUGUGUUGUCUGCUCCGCCCCCACUUCCCAGUUCUGCUAUUGUUGGUGGAACUGCGGCUGCAGCUGCUGCAGAAUCUGGUGAGAACCAGAGCCGAGGUUUCUCCGAUGAUGAGAGAUCCGAUCAAGGGGUGAGGAUUCGCUUCAGAAAACCUCCAUUGCCACUGCAGCCAGUGCAACGAAGGCUCGAUGAUGGUUUCAAUUUGCCUUCCCCAGAUUCGAAACAUGGUGGGGGAUUAAAUUUUCCAUCCCCAGAUUCAGUAGCAAGUGAUAGUAGCAUUGCGUCUGCAACAUCUUUCUCAAAAUCCAUAGCCUAUCUAGACCCGGUUCAUGUCACAACCAAAGACAACAAGCCUCCUAUUCCAAUUGAUCCGAAGAAGGAUACUCCAGACAUGAGCUCUCAAAUCCAGCUGCAACAAGUUCAGGAUUCCAGCUACAUAUUGCCUUCACAAGCCGCGGAUCUGCAGCAGCAGCAACCAGUAGUCCACGCCAGCAUGCAUUACAUCCACCACCCACCAACAGGUUCUGCAGUGCCAAUCUCAUCAUACUACCCAAUGUAUGCUCCAACACCACAAAAUCAGCAGCAGCUUCAUCACCAGAUGGAUCAGCAAUAUCCUGUCUACUUGUUGCCCAUCACACAGCCACAAACUUACAACUUGCCAUUGCAGUCCAAUGUUGCAACUGACUCUACUGCUGUAGCACCCGGCCGGGCACUCACACCUCCGACUCCGGCCAUGGUCACACCUUCCGGGCUUUACAAAGAAAUAAGUACUCCACCAAUCUACCCCACGAAACCAGAAAUGGCUGCAAGUGUGUAUAGAACAGUUGGCACUGCAACUCCACCUCUCGUCCAAGUUCCUUCCAAUCAAUUUCAUCAGCAACAACAGUAUGUGGGGUUCAGUCAGUUGCAUCACCCACCACAGUCCAUUGCUGCUGCCGCUCCUAAUUAUGCCUUUGAAUACGCCCAUCCUGCACAAGACCAGGCAUACUACACUCACCAUUCAGUUGCUCCAUUGCCUCCCCAGUACCAAACGUUGACCUCAACCGCAGCAGUGGCAUUAUCCGAAGCCUCAGCACAGUUGCCGAUAGACAACACCAUGCAGCAGAUCAGAACCUCACAAAACCACCAUGACUGAAUUAGGCAAAAAUGGAUGUGCUACC